AUGUGCAAAAUGUUGAGCCCAAUGUGCUUUGCAGCGGUGUUGAGUUUGCCUUUUAUUGACCAAGUGCAAGUGUUUAAUGAUGUUUUGCACGAUCUAAUAGAUGAACAACUUCCGUCUCUUUACUUCGUCUUUGAACAAUUUGUGAAACAGAGAAAUUUGGAUCCAAUUGUAAUCAAUGCGAUGGCUGAAGAGGAGCAAAUUCAUGUUAUCAAGUUGUUGGCGGCGAUAGGAAGCACAACGUAUUUUGUACACAGCUUUCCCAUUGAAUGGGUUGGUGGUGUCGAUUUGUUUGUUCAUCUAUUUGCUAUUUCAUGGGGGCUAACUCACCCAACGAGGUUCGCACUCAUUUCGGCGCUUCUGGUCAACGAAAAAGUUUCUUUUGGGCAACUUGGGGCGUUUGCUGAAUUUUCGCUGAAGACUUAUGUCCAAACCGCAGUUUCACUUAUUCGGAAAAACAAACCAAAGCGGUACAUUUUAUUUUUAGUUGGGCUUCUCAAUUACAUUGAGGUUCUGGAUGAUGACGACGUGUUUAUUACCACAAGGGAUGUCGUUAAAGUAGUGGAGUCGACACAACCGUUUGAUGACGAGGUGAGCAAAAAUGUUUUUCAGACCCUUGCGUUGUUUGUGCAUAAAUCGAGGGCGACAAUUGACUUUUCAAUACCGAUUCUCCACUUGACCAAUAUAAUCAUGAACAACAGAUACAGCAACUCAUUUGGACAAUUGUUUUUCACGUUACUCCAUUCAACAAUUGCACCGUUUGAUUCCUUAGAACAAUGUGUUACUUUAUUCCCACCAAACAUGCGAAUUCGAAACUGUCUUAUUUCGUUGUCGUCAUACGAAAGUCCGGCCGAUUUCUGUUUGUUCUUGAGAAACAUAUUAAAUUGA